GUGUGUCAGCUCCAUCAUUCCUCCAAUGCUACAAGUUGACGCAGUCAGCCUUUAGCAUACAAAUAGCUACUCCUGAUGCAGCUACACCAGUAUUUGUGGACAAAGAUGACCAGAGCAAUCGUUGGCUUAAUGACAUCACAGCGAAGAAUUUGUUGGUACCAAAGUCACUUGCGGAUGUAGAAGGUGGCCAGUAUUCAUGCAUAGUAGUUCCACACAGUCCAGGUGCAGCGGAAGAUCUAGCAGUUAGCGAAGUUUUAGGCAGAAUCCUUAUCCAUUGUCUCUCUGAAAAAAAACCAGUUUGUGCUGUUGGUCUUGGUGUCUGUGCAUUGUUAUCGGCUGUAAAAGCAGAUUCUCAGCACUGGGUGUUUAGAGACAUAGCUUUAACAGGGUCUUCCUUGGCAGAGGUAACAGCAGCUUCCUAUUUCUCUUCGUUACCCAUGAUCCCUGGUGAUGCCAUUCUGGACAGAGCUGGGAUAUUCUCCACAGGGGCUCCAUCUAGUGUUCACAUUGUGGUUAAUGCUGGUGUGGUGACAGGGCAGAAUCCACAGUCUACUCUCUCAGCUGUUCAGAACAUGAUACUCCUAGCUAACCAGAGGCAAAGUAAAGCAAAGUGAAUACUACUAAAAACUUACUCAAAGUAUCCUCGGCAUCUUCAGUGAGACUCUUGGGUAGUAUUUUAUAAGUAGCAAUAUUUAUAUUAAUUGUAUAUUACAUUAUUAAUGUUUUCUGCUCAGCUGCUGUUGUAUAUUGUUAUUUGAUGAAUUUUUGAAAAUGUAAUUGCAUCAUAGGCUUCCUAAAUCUAAGCAGACAUUUUCAGAAAUGGGUCAGUGAUUUUUUUAACAGAAGCUUUAAGUGAUUUCUGAGAAAUGAGGAAGGUUCAUAAUUCGGAAGUGAAAUGCCUUCUACCUCAAGGUGAUUAAUAUUUCUCCCAGGGCAAUCUGAGAAUCCACAUAAAUAUAUUGCAUUAUCUCUUUGAGUCAGAUCUGGAAUAGCAUUUAGGGAAGGGAGAUUAAUGGGAAUUUACUUUUACUUUGCUAAGUAUACAGACAUUUAUAUUUGAGAAAAAAAUAUACAAAAAAAAAGAAAUGGUUUUGUAAACAUCAAUAAUGGUGUUAUUUUCUCAUCCAUUUCCACAAUUGGUAGUUGUGAGACAGAAGUGUGAUGUCUUAUUUGCUUAUAAAGGGAGCACGGCUGCUUAGUUGAUGUUUACAAUGGAAGACAUUUGUACUACUUGUUUUACAACAGUUGACAGUUUACAAGGUUAUUGCUUGUAUUUUAGUCAUUCUGCAGAAUGCUUAUCAGGCCAGUCUGUCUAUUAUGUAUUUAUUGAUUAGGAAAGUAGAGGGGUAAAACUAGCAACCAGUCUUAUUCAGUAUUCAAAAUUGAUGCUUUUCUCCAUUUCUCUUCAGAACUAUUUGCUUUAACUUUACUGUAGACAGAAAAUAUAAGAUUGUUUAGUUGUUGUUUUUCCUUAUUGUGUAUUCAUACUUUUAUAUAGCCUGUACCUAGGAAAGGUGAACUGAUUUCCAGUUACCUGAUUACAACUAGGUUUACUGCACGAUUUCCAGACCAUUACCAUGGUGACAUCUGUGUUUUUUAUUUCAUAUACAACGGACCAUUCCUCUUCCAUAUGCUUUAAUGUGAUAUUGGAUAAUGCAUCAAGGUUUAGCUUAGAGAUUUCUAAAAGCCACCUUGUUCCUUAGAAGUCUCUAGAAAACUUUGAACAGUGUUAGGUAUAAAAGCACAAAGAACUAUAUCCUUCAGGAAAAAGACUACAAAAGGCCACCAAAGAUAUUGCAUCACCUUUUAUUGGUGAUAAGACUUUACACUAGAUAACUAACAAUUUUUAGUGUAAUGAUGAACUAUUAUUUAAGAGUUGACACACAAUGUUUGUUUAAGGUGAGUGAAAAGGUAAAUAAAGCAGGUGUUUUUGUGUUGUUAAAAAUUAAGUUAUUUUGAGUAAUCCUGAGCUGUUUAAUUGAAAUGCAAGCCCAGUAGAUUUACAUAUCCUUUUUUAAGCACUGAUGCAUUGCUGAUGUUAGCAGUAUUACCUGAUUCCUACUUGAGAUUCCUUUGUUGAAAAAAAAACCUACAUUUAAAGACCUUUUGUAUUGUGAAUGAUAUAUAUUAUGCAAAUUUUAUCGACUGCUUUGUUUUGAGAACGUUGAGAUUUGUAUUGCAUGAUGGUAUGAUCAAAAUGCCGAAUAUUUUUUUUUUAUGAUCUAGAAUAUAAGUUAUUUUAACUGACUGAUCUGGAAUAUAUAUUGUAUUUAUUCAUUUUUGAAGCUAAUUUAAUGGAACUUAAGAAAGAAGUAUCAUUUGUAAUACAGUAUAAAUGUUUGGACCUUUCAAUGAUGACAGAUCUUGCAAAUUUUACCAUUGUUUUUCAUAAUAUUAAGAGGGUACUGUUCGAUUUAGACAAGGUUUUCUCCUUGAAGAAGUAGUAAAAUCAGGUUUAUAUUUAAGUUUUGGGUAUUAGUUGUUAGCUAUGAGACAGUGAAGAUAGAGAAUAGCUUUUAGUGUCAUUCUUUUACAUCAGGAAUUAGUAGGAGGUACACUUUCUUUUCUGUAUCAUUUACUUGGUCCAGUGUAGCAACUUGAAUCAGUAAUUGUGUAGGGUUAUACUCAAAUAAUUUAUUCAUGUGUUGUACACAGUUGCAUGAUUUGUGUAUUUGCACCAUAUAUAUUUACUCACAUUGCACCAGAAUACAAAGAUAGUGAUUAUGUUGUAAGAUUUUCUUCAAAGAUUACUAGCAAUUCUCUUAGAGAUGAAUUAUUCCGAACAGGAAGAAAGGUCACAUGAACAGAAAUUGGAAAUGUUUUUAUUCUUAUAAGCUUUAUUAUAAGCCAUACCAAACAUAAAAGAGGAAUUUUGCAGUUGCUUUGAACCUUCAUUUAUUGCAAUAAAUGUACUGUACACAUGGUUUACAAUGAAAAUUUUCUAUCAAAAAGAGGUUGAUUUUUUAUGCAUAUAUAUAUUUUUAACUGUUCAUUGUCUGUUAUAACCUGUAGCCCUUUAGUAUAUAUCUACUACUGUUUAAGUUCGCUGUGAUAUACUUUUCACAUUAUAUGCAGCAAACUCUUGACUGACUAAAAAAAAAAAAAAAAACUACUAAAGGGCACAAUGUGAUAUGAACCUUUGUCUAAUUCUUCCAAAGCAUUGUUCUUCACUCAUUGGUCAUAUGUCACUUCAGUGAAGUUCAUGCAGUAGUUGAUAUUUCUCUGUUACUCAUGAAUUUUAUAUUGUCAUUACUGAUGCAUAAAAUUGUGGUUGAUA